AGCUUUAAAGUACGGAAGAGAUCAUUCACAUUUGGCUGCCUUAAAUAUGACGAGAAUUUCUAUGUACCCCAGAAACUGUAUCUCCUAUUUCCGCCGAUUUUGCAAUGGAGUUGGGGAUCCCACGGAGCGGAUGCAUUCAGGACGACGAAUUACCAUCGGAGCUUUGCAAUCCAGCCGGUACACACUUGGAUGGAAUGGUUAAGUGUUCAGCCAAUUACGUCCCUCUCACUCCUAUCAGCUUCCUGGAUCGCGCCGGAAUUGUCUACCGAGACAGAGUCUCCGUCGUCUACGGCGAUGUCAAGUUCACCUGGAAAGAGACACGCGAGAGGUGCAUCAGGCUCGCUUCUGCUCUUGCGCAGCUCCAGAUUUCCCGUGGAGAUGUGGUUGCUGCUUUGGCUCCAAAUAACCCAGCUAUGUAUGAGCUGCAUUUUGGUGUUCCAAUGGCUGGGGCAAUACUUUGUACACUUAAUAUACGUCUUGAUUCAGCCAUGGUGGCAUUGCUGCUGAGACAUUCAGAGGCCAAAAUCAUUUUUGUUGAUUACCACUUUCUCCAUAUUGCUCAGGGAGCAUUUCAAAUACUGUCCAAGGCCAGGACAAAGCUGCCUCAGCUGAUCUUGAUCCAAGAACCUGAACAGCAAGCUCCCAUCAGCAGCGAAACCAAUUUUACACCAACAAAAGACUUGGAAUAUGAGAGUUUUUUAGCCAUGGGAAAAGCAGAUUUUGAGAUCAGAAGGCCAAAAGAUGAAUGGGAACCUAUCUCGCUUAAUUACACAUCUGGCACAACAUCGAGUCCCAAAGGCGUCAUUUAUAGUCAUAGAGGUGCCUAUCUUAAUUCUCUGGCUACAGUUCUUAGUAGUGAAAUGGGAUCAAUGCCUGUAUAUCUAUGGACUGUCCCCAUGUUUCAUUGCAAUGGAUGGUGCCUCGCAUGGGGUAUGGCUGCACAAGGUGGCACAAAUAUCUGCUUAAGAAAUGUCACUGCAAAGGGAAUAUUUAGCAAUAUUGCUCAGCACAAGGUUACACACAUGGGUGGCGCACCAACAGUUUUAAACAUGAUGUUAAAUGCUCCUGCUAGUGACCAAAAGCCGCUUCCAAGGAAGGUAUUGAUGACAACAGGUGGCUCAGCACCACCUCCAAAUGUUCUCUUCAAGAUGGAAGAACUAGGAUUUAGUGUGACUCAGUUGUAUGGGUUGACAGAAACCUAUGGCCCUGGAGUGUUUUGCACCUGGAAACCUGAAUGGAAUGUCCUUCCUCGAGAUGCACAGGCUAAAAUCAAGGCUCGGCAGGGGUUGCACCAUGUUGGGUUGGAGGAAUUUGAUGUUAAAGAUCCUGUUACCAUGAAGAGUGUACCAGCUGAUGCAAAAACCAUAGGGGAGAUUAUGUUCAGGGGUAACACUGUCAUGAAUGGAUACCUUAAAAAUGUUGAAGCAACAACAGAGGCUUUCAGUGGUGGAUGGUUUCACAGUGGGGACUUAGGAGUGAGACACCCUGAUGGUUACAUAGAAAUCAAGGACCGCUCAAAGGACGUCAUCAUUUCUGGUGGAGAAAAUAUUAGUUCAAUUGAAGUUGAAUCUGUGCUUUGUGGCCAUUCAGCUGUUCUUGAGGCAGCUGUGGUGGCAAGACCAGAUGAUCACUGGGGGGAGACGCCUUGUGCCUUUGUGAAGUUGAAGGAUGGAUGCAAUGCCAGUGAAGAGGAGCUUAUCAAGUACUGUCGAGAUAAUUUGCCCCAUUAUAUGACUCCUCGAACUGUCAUUUUUGAGGAUUUGCCAAAGACUUCUACUGGAAAGACACAAAAAUACCUUCUUAGGGAAAAGGCCAAGGCUUUGGGUAGUAUUUCGAAGAGCAUGAGCAAAUUGUAAACUGCUGCCUAUUCAGAUUCUUCAUGGCAAAGUUCAUCAUGUGGCCAUCACUUUGGAUAUUAUCUCAACUGUACUUACACAGACACUUGCGGAAAGACUAGAUAAUUAUUUGGGAGAGACACCUUGUGCAUUUGCAAAGUUGAAGAAUGGAUCCAAUGCAAGUACCUAAAAACUUAUUAUUUCCAAGAUAAUUGCCCCAAUUAAUGGCUCCUCGAACUGUGAUUUUCCAGGAUUUGCUGAAAACUGCAACAUGAAUGACGCAGAAAUAAAAAGCCAAGUUAUUGGGUAGUAUCUCAAGAAGGAGCUUUAGCAAACUGUUAAGUUGUGAAGCGCAUUCAAAUUGUAAGCUUAUAUUCUUCGUUGUAGAGUGCAUUAUGUGUCUAUCAGUUUGGAUAUUGACCUCCAUGUAUAUCAAAUAAACCUCUCAGCAAUCAUUUUUAUGUGAAGUAGAUUUUAUUUAUACCAGGAAAUGAAUAAUAUUUUGAUCU